CCAACUCCUCCAAAAACAAAGUAGAACUAAAUUAUUGACACACCGCGUGUCAAAGCACAACUGGCCCUGCACAACCCCCCACUUCCUCCCUCUCUCUGGUAAGACACUGAUUUUGACAAAAAACCAAUGCCUUCUUCUUCCUCCUCCUCCUGCUCUUGAUGUUUCGAACCCCAAUUUCCAGAUUCGCCACACUUUUGAGAAACCCAAAUCCCCAUAAACUCUUACCCACAGACCCAAUUCCCAUAUUCACCAAAAAAGCUCGAAUCUUUGGCCCCAAACAAAAGCUCGAAAUGCCAUCCCAGCAAAUCCUACCCGUAACAUACCACCCCCCAUCUUCAAAUCCCGCCACCACUGAAAAGCUAAUAGUCAAAUCUGAGGAGGACCCAUCAACAAGGCUCCUCCUUUAUUCACAUUUCGAAGAUGAAGAAAAGGCCGCGCCUUUGAAGCCCCUUCUUCCCAAGUCGGCGAGCUACACAUUCAACACCUCCACCACCGCCACCGCCACCGCCGCAGCAGGUUCUGCCAAUAACAACCAGAAGCGGCGGCGCCGGACGGCCAGCGAUAACUCGCUUUAUUCGUCGUCAUCCAAUUCCUCAUCGGAGGAGGGCGCUGCCGACCGCCACUCUAUCGCCGGCGAUGUGGAGCACGCCGCCGCCGAGACGUACUUGAUCACCCGGCUGAGCUUGAAGCUUUUGAGCUAUCUUGGGGUAGGCUACAGAUGGAUUACAAGAUUUUUGGCCCUCGGUUGUUAUUCGUUUUUACUUAUGCCAGGGUUUAUUCAAGUUGGCUAUUACUAUUUCUUCUCCAAGCAGGUCCGCAGAGGUAUAGUUUAUGGUGAUCAACCAAGAAAUAGGCUAGAUCUGUAUCUACCCAAAAAUUCUGAUGGGCCAAAACCAGUCAUUGCAUUUGUAACUGGUGGAGCCUGGAUUAUUGGUUACAAAGCAUGGGGUUCUCUUUUAGGAAUACAGUUAUCAGAACGAGACAUCAUAGUGGCAUGCAUAGAUUACAGGUCGGUGUUAUUAAUGUCAUGUGCACUGCUGAACUACCUACGCACCUGUAGUCAAUGUCUUAUCAUGCCUUCAUGCAGAAAUUUCCCUCAGGGUACUAUCAGUGAUAUGGUACAGGAUGCUUCUCAAGGCAUCUCAUUUGUAUGUAAUCAUAUUGCUGAAUAUGGAGGCGAUCCUGAUAGGGUUUAUGUGAUGGGACAAUCAGCUGGUGCACAUAUUGGUGCAUGCUCAAUUGUUGACCAGGCAAUCAAGGAGCUUGGUGAAGGAGAGAGCACUUCUUGGAGUGUUUCCCAGAUAAAGGCUUACUUUGGUCUUUCUGGAGGGUACAAUUUGUUUAAUUUAGUAGAUCACUUCCACAGUCGAGGCCUAUACCGUUCAAUAUUUUUAGGCAUAAUGGAAGGGGAGCAUUCAUUGCAACGUUUCUCUCCUGAAGUCAUGAUUCAGGACCCUAAUGUUAGGAGUGCUGCUUCUCUUUUACCUCCUAUUAUUUUAUUUCAUGGUACUGCAGAUUAUUCCAUACCAUCAGAUGCCAGUAAGAAUUUUGCAGAAACUCUUCGGAGUCUUGGAGUGAAAGCUGAAUCGAUUCUGUAUGAAGGGAAAACUCACACAGAUUUGUUUCUUCAGGAUCCAAUGCGAGGUGGAAAAGAUCAGAUGUUUGAAGACUUAGUAGCUAUCAUUCAUGAAGGUGAUUCAGAGGCCCUUGCCAAAGAUGCAGUGGCUCCACCAAGAAGGCGCCUCGUACCUGAGUUCAUGUUGAAGUUGGCUCACAAAGUCAGCCCAUUCUAGCUAUUUUUGUUGAUCAUUCAUCACCCCCAAAAAUAGAGUUUCUUUGUGAUGUAAUCUAUUCGUUUUUGUACAUAUCAUUAAUGAAAACCCAACUGUCUACCCCUUAUUUGAGGGUAACCUUCAGAACUCCCCUAUUCUCGUCAAAUAGAUCAAAGUUCUUCGUUUCCUUUGUAAAAUGUUGAGACAUUCUGAACAUCUGUAUAAGUAUACCACAGGGAAUGUUGUACUGAUUAAUAUUCCUUUUUAAAUUCUCUCGCCAAUCUUUGUAA